AUGUCGACACGGUCUAGUAACGAGAAGAAUGAUGAUCGGGUGCUCCCUACUUCCCAUCAUGUUCAGGACGCCCCCAGUACGUCGCCACCGUCCAUGACCAAAGAAGAACGCAUGCGGCACGAGCAUAAGCAAUCCAUGCCAGACACCAGGCUGUUGAGGUACUUUGGUUGGAUGGGUGAGCUGCCGGAAUGGAAAGUCCGUGGCAAACAUCUGGCUGGCCGAACAUUGAACUACUCCAUCGGCUUCAUUGCGAGCUGUGGGUUUUUGAUGUUUGGGUACGACCAGGGGGUAUUGAGCGCCCUACUCACCUUGGACUCUUUCCAGGAGGUUCUCUCUUUGAUGACUCCUCGGGAGAGAUCGAAUGACCUCUGCUGGAUUGACGGAGAUCGCAGCCGACCUCACCCGACGAACUGUAAGGGCGAUGCUAACACCCAAGCCGCCGGUGUUGCCAUCUAUCAGAUUGGGUGUUGGCUCGGAUCCCUUGUCAUCCUAGCCUACGGGGAGAAAUGGGGACGGAAAUCCUCCACGUUCUGGGGCUCUCUUAUCAUGAUCAUCGGCACCAUCAUGCAGGCGGCCAGUUUCGAGUAUGGCCUCUUUGUGGCUGGGCGUGUUGUGGGUGGAAUCGGGAAUGGAAUGGUCACCUCUACCAUCCCAACCUGGCAGAGUGAAUGCGCGCGGCCUCAUCAGCGGGGUGUUCUCAUCAUGUUAUCAGGAGCGCUGAUAUCCGGAGGUAUCAUGAUCGCAUACUGGGUUGACUAUGGCUUCUACUUCCUGGAAGGCUCCGUCCGCUGGCGUUUCCCGGUGAUGUUCCAGUCCUUUUUCACCAUCAUCGUCAUGAUUGGCCUCCUCUACCUUCCCGAGUCGCCGCGGUGGCUGAUCAUGAAGGGCCGGCACGCGGAAGCUCGCGAUGUGACCGCUCGGCUGUUGGGCCAGGAUGACAACCAUCCGGAGGUUGAAGAAGAACUGCGCAACGUGAACGAGGCGUUGGAGGCCCAGAGCAAAGGGGGCCCUUUCCGCUACCGGGAGCUUCUUACCAACGGCCCACAGCAGAACCUUCGCCGUGCAACGCUGGGAAUGGUUGCCCAGUUCUUCCAACAGAUCUGCGGUAUCAACCUUGUCACCUACUACGCUACGAUGAUCUUUGAAAAUUCACUAGGUUUUGGCCCAGCCAUGUCACGUCUGCUCGCGGCAUGUAAUGGGACGGAAUACUUCAUGGCCUCCCUGGUUGCAUUGCCGCUGAUCGAGCGAACUGGACGGCGUAACUUGAUGUUGUUGGGAGCUUUUGGAAUGAUGACAUCCAUGGCCGUCUUGGCUGGUACCGUGUCGACCGGGGCAGAGGGGGAGAACGGAGCUCCAAUAUUGGAGACGCGAUAUGGUGUUACAGCCACUGUGUUCCUCUUCGUGUUCAACUCCUUUUUUGCCAUUGGUUGGCUGGGCAUGACGUGGUUGUACCCUGCUGAGAUCACCAAUUUGCGCAUUCGCAUCCAGGCCAACGCGUUGUCGACUAGUUCAAACUGGAUGUCCAAUUUCUUGAUUGUUAUGAUCACGCCCCCAGCUUUCGCGAACCUGGGGUACCAAACCUAUAUCAUAUUUGCCGUGUUCAAUGCGGCUCUCAUUCCCUGUGUCUACUUCUUCUUCCCAGAGACGAAGGGACGGUCACUGGAGGAAAUGGAUGUCGUGUUUGCCAGUGCCCAUGCAGAGGGCCUCAACCCGGUGAAACAAAGUCUGAAGAUGCCCAGGCUGACGGGACAGGACUUGGACUCGCAGCUUGUCAAAUACUUUGGCUCCCAGAGUGAUACUGAAGCUCCUUCUUCGUAG